AUGUCUGCUAUUACAGAGGUUUCCCCGUCCACUCCAUACCUUUUCAAGGACCCAGCUGUCGUUGAAGCCACUCUUAUGACUUUGCUUGCCCGUGUUCAGAUACUCGAGGAUAGAACAACAGACGACUCAACUGGCACGUCUACCAGUUCGAAGCAAUUCUUCCAUGCACGAGUUGAGCAUCAACCUGCGGAAAUUGUCUUGCUCAAUGAGAGCAAUUCUGUAGUUAAUUUGACCAUUGAUGGCGGAAAGAAACCCACCGUCAGUGUCUCUGAAGUCGAGAGCUUAGAUGAUUUUGACCUGGCGAACAAGAUCCUCGAUGUCAUCACAUCUUACGGGGUUCGUGAGGAGGAAUCCCAAGGGAAGCCCUACGAAGCAAGGAAGAAAUUCCUCCCCAUCAUUUUGGAAUGUCUCAAGACGGAAGCCCCCAUCAAAUUAGUUCUCCCAGCAUUCCCGUUCAAAUCUCCCAACCGCUCUAACAAGGUUCUCGGCGCCCUUCCAGAUCUUGGAGAAGAUAUUGCGCUUGAAAACCUCCAAGGCCUCUGUGAUAAUAUUCGAGACAUAUACGAACACGGUGCAGAUUGCUACAUCACAUCCGAUGGUCUCGUCUACAACGAUCUUCUUGGAGUCGACGAUCUGGACGUCUGGAAAUACGGAGAGGCGCUUCGUCAUAUGGCGAAGAGAAGAGGGCUUACGAGCAUUCAGUUCUUGCGGCUGGCAGACUUGCUUGCAAUGGCUCCUCACAGAUCGUCGGACACCGGCAGUGGGGAACUCCCAACUAUCGAAGAACACAUGGCUUGCAUCCGUAGAGAGUUCCUCGCUCGAUAUCACUCCCCCGGAUUCGAUGCUAGUGCCGCCAUCAAGCAAGACAUUGACACGCGACUGACAUAUCAGGGCUACCUCCGAUUUCUGAAGAAGGAUCUGGAGGGCUGGAAAAAGCUGAAAUAUGAUCAGGCUGGAAAGCCGAUCGGUUCAAAGAAGUCGCAGAAGAUGAUUGGUGAUAUCGCUAAACGCAUGGUUGCGCGGGGUGCGGCGUUUGCUGCUGCCAUCAGAGACACGCAUGGCGACUGUGUGCGUCUUUCCAUCCAUCCUACCGUCGCAAUCACCAAAUUCCCCGUCAAUCUGAUUCCGCAACCAUCCGGCAAAUUUGGUGCGACUCCGUGGCACUCAAGCAUUGCACUUAGUCUCGACGGCUCGCUCGAAACUGGCCACGCUGAGGACUUUGCUGAGACCCAUGAGCUGAUUUAUCUCAACGGGAGACCAUACUACUACCGCGAGAAGUCUGAACUGUUUGACUGGGGAGGCAUCAAGGUUGAAUUCGAACCUAUGUAUCCUUGUGGUCUCAUCAUCCGUCCUGCUGACGGUCCUCUAUCCGCCCGUCAUAUUCCCAUGGGAAAGGUUAAACAGCUAAGCAUUAAUUUAUCGCCGAUAGUUCUACGUGGCUUCUCUGAUACUCUGGAUGAAUCCAUGUAUGUGGAGAAAGCUCAUGAGGCCGGUACGGUACUUCCAUGGAGUUUUGGCAUUAUCCAGAAAGUCAAAGACGCUGGCGACAACACCAAGAAGGGCAACAACGUCACUUCAAAUGAGGCCAUGCCCAUGCAUUUCGAUGGCAUGUUCAAGUUCGAAGAGCGUCAAGAUCCCGCCACUGGAGAAACUCACAGAGUCCAGAUUCCGCCAGGAUUCCAAUUCUUCACCGCCCCUGCUGUUGCUCCUGAAGGCACGGGGUACACUCUCUUCGCCUCUUCACGGCUCUUCUUCAAGUAUCUGCCUGCCCCAUAUAGUGCUGAGAGAUUCGAGAAGAUCAGAUGGAAUAUGGACAACGAUGGAUUUUGGGACGCCAAGAUGAAGGAUCUGCCCUUGGUGGUCCGUCACCCAGCAACGAAUGCGCCAUGUCUCCGUUGGCAUGAGCCAUGGGACGAGACCAAGACCAAGUUCUCCACUUGCACGGUUACACUCAGCAACGACGAGGCGGAGAUCAUUGAUGUUACCACGAAAUUGCUCUAUGACAGGAGAGUUUGCCUGAGAUUUACUUGGCAGAAAGGGGACUGGCUUGUCAAUGAUAACACAUCGAUGCUACACACAAGGACAGGGUACACGAGUGGAUGUGAUAGAGAGCUGUGGAGGAUCCAUAUUGAUUGA